UAUCUCCCUGCCGCUAACUAUUCCGAGUGUUUUAGGGCAAAUAACUCGCCUAGUCCUUAGGCACGAUCUUAGGGGAUAAUUGGAGUCACUCUGGAUGGGUGGGAAUCACAGCGCCGCCACGUACCAGCUGUGUCUCUGGGUAAUUGACCAACCUCUGUGUGCCUCAGGUGCACCCCCAGAAACACCUGAAGAAGAAAGGCAGCCAGGAUAUGUUCUACCUACAAGUCUUGAAGCCAACAAUUUGAAGACAAACAAUUGGGGGUUCAUAUUUCCUGGGAUCAUUGGUGGGACACUGGUGGCCUUAUAUGCAGUGGCCACACCGUUUAUAAUGCCAGCCCUCCGGAAAAUCUGUUUGCCUUUUGUACCUGCGACUACAAAGCAGAUUGAAAAUGUAGUGAGAAUGUUGCAGUGCAGAAGAGGAUCCCUCGUAGACAUUGGUAGUGGCGACGGGCGCGUUGUAAUAGCAGCUGCAAAGGAAGGAUUCACAGCAGUUGGUUAUGAAUUGAACCCGUGGCUGGUUUGGUACUCCAGAUACUGCGCUUGGCGAGAAGGGGUGCAGAACUCUGCCACAUUUUAUAUUUCAGAUUUGUGGAAGGUUACUUUUUCACAGUACUCAAACGUUGUUAUUUUUGGUGUGCCUCAGAUGAUGCCACAAUUAGAGAAGAAACUUGCUCUUGAACUUGAGGAAGAUGCUAGAGUCAUCGCUUGCCGGUUCCCUUUCCCACACUGGACUCCAGACCAGGUCGCGGGAGAGGGGAUAGACACCGUGUGGGUGUAUGACAUGAGCACUCUCAGAGGACGUGGAAGAGGUCCUGAGGAUCCGUGCAUUUCCUGGUGGUCAUCCAGUUAGAAAAUCUCCUGGGAGUGUUUUGAGUGUUGGUGGUCUUUGGGUUUGUAGAGAGCUCCAGCUGUGUCUUCCACAGAGAGUGUACUUUUCUUUGGUAUAGAAUGAGAAAUUACCAUUGCCUUAACUUUUGGAGACAACAAACAAGAACAGCAGGUAGAUUUAAAGUCCUUUUUCAUGAGAUGUGCUGAAAGAUAUGCUCACUACUGUUUCAUGUUUCAUGCACUUGGAUGUAUGAAAAUACAAAUAAAUGAUGGUCUUGUUGUUGGGCAGGCAAGAUGUCAACAGCUCUUCACAUUAUUAAAAAUAUGAUUUAAUGCCACAGAUGUUUGCAGCUUUCUAUAACUUUCUUCAUACUUAAGAUCUAUCUCUGUCUUUACUUCACAGCAAAAUUAAUUUUCUAAUGGACUUAGGCAUUCAUAUUUUAUAAAAUUUAUUGGGACUAAUUUGUCCCAGAGCUACUGAAUUACUGUGUUUUAUUGAAUCUAAGAUGUAUAUGUGUGUGUAAAUGUGUAUGCAUGCACACAUACACUGUAACAUUUCUGAAACUGUGAUGCACCUUUCAGUUGAUGGUAUUUUAUAACUAAUUGGUGAUGUUGUACAUCGUGAUGUGGCUGUGUAUCAACCACUAUUGAUAGAAUCUCGGAUUUGAUGAAAUAAUGGUAUUCAGAGAAAGUAUAUGAUACAGUGGAUCAGUUGGUAAUAAUUUAAUGUUAAAUAAACAGUCAUGAGCUUUGGAGUAAUGAGCCAGACCUGGGUU